AUGAUUUCUCCGGUGCGUGUCUUGUUCUUGAGUUUUCUCUGCUAUGUGGCUACUGGAGGACGGACCUGUCCCAAGCCAGAGGCAAUACCAUUUGCCACAGUUGUUCCAUUAAAACCAUCCUAUGAGGCAGGGGAAGAGAUAAGAUACACAUGCCAGCCCGGCUACUACUCCACCCGGGGAGAUAUGAGACGGUUCAUCUGCCCGAUCACAGGAAUGUGGCCUGCCAACAGUUUGAAAUGUGUCCCAAGAGUAUGUCCUUUCGCUGGAAUCUUAGAGAAUGGAAUUGUACGAUAUACAACUUUUGAAUAUCCCAAUUCAAUCUCUUUCUCUUGUAAAACAGGGUAUUAUCUGAAUGGAACUAAUACUGCUAAAUGCAGUGAGGAUGGAAAAUGGACCCCAGGUCUUCCUGUCUGUGCUCCUGUAACCUGUGCUCCACCACCUGUACCUAUGUUUGCGAAACUCAGUGUUUACAAGCCAUCAGCUGGAAACAACUCCGUCUACCAGGACACGGCAGUCUUUCAGUGCUUGCCACACUACGCCAUGUUUGGAAAUGACACAGUCAACUGCACAGCACAUGGAAAUUGGACCAAAUUACCAGAAUGCAAGGAAGUAAAAUGCCCAUUCCCAUCAAGACCAGACAAUGGAUUCGUGAACUAUCCUGCAAAACAAGCACUUCAUUACCAGGAUAAAGCCACGUAUGGUUGCCACAAUAACUAUGUUUUAGAUGGCCCAGCAGUAGUGGAAUGUAACAAAUUUGGAAACUGGUCUGCACAGCCCACUUGUAAAGCGUCUUGCAGCAUACCUGUUAAAAAAGCAACUGUGCUAUACAAGGGAGAGAGAGUAAAGCUACAGGACAAAUUUAAGAAUGGCAUGCUGCAUGGUGAAAAAGUUUCUUUUUUCUGCAAGAAUAAGGAAAAGAAGUGUAGCUAUACAGAGGAAGCUCAGUGCAUCGAUGGCACCUUUGAAGUCCCCAAAUGCUUCAAGGAACACAGUUCUUUGGCUUUCUGGAAGACGGAUGCAUGGGACGUAAAACCAUGUGAAAACUGA